AUGGAACUAUUGGCAUUGAAACCUUGUAUGACUUACAAUGAUUUGUUGAAGAAGGUUUAUACUAUAACUGGUUCAAACCCAACGAAUGUUGAACUGGACAUUAAAAUGAGGUUGAGUGUCAGUGGGAUUCAAAUCUUACCUGUUUUGAAUGAUGACCAUUUGGAGGUUUUGAGGGGUGUCAUUGCAAUGAGGUCUCUUCCUACUGAUUUAUAUGUGGAAAUGGUGCCUAUAUGUACUCAACAGACUAUUCGAUUGACAGAGCAACAACCUACAUAUCAUCCCUCAUACAGUACAAGCUCGUUACAAAUGCCCUCAUACAAUAUUCCGUCAUUUGAAUAUGGAAUGGGAUCUUUCAGUAGAAUGUUACACGACGAUCAAUUUGACAUUCCAUUCAGUUCGCAUUUUACUGCACCUGAAUUGUCUGUUCUUGAUAUGUAUGAGGAUACAAAUGACGAGGGUGAGGGCGGAGAUGAGGAAGAUGUUAUAAACAACGAAUUGUCUGAUGAUGAUGCUGUGGCUAGAACUCCAUUGCCUUGGUUCACUCAAAUAAAUGAGAACUAUGAGGUGGACAUGUAUUGGGAUGAUUCGGGGAGCCAGACUUCAUUUGUUGUCGGGGGAGAAUUUGAGAAGGGCAUGAUUUUUGACAGUAAGAAAGUGCUUCGAGAAAUUGUGAAACUGCAUUCCAUGCAACGGAAACAGUUCUACACCACGGUGACAUCGAAUGAGAAUGUCCUUCAUCUUCAAUGCAAAAGGAAGUGUGGUUGGUCGCUACGUGGUACAAAAACAAAUCUGAACACACAUGCCUUUAAGAUUGUAUCUUACAAGGGCCCACAUCGUGAGAACUGCAAAGAUCCAUGUUUAAGAGUUGAAUUCAUACAAGAUCUCAUCUCUAACAAAUUUCACUUCGAUGUUCCCUAUCGAAAAGCGUCGUAUGCCAAACAGAAAGCUAUUGCGGCAAUUUUUUGGGAUUGGGAGAGUUCGUACAACAUACUUCCUUUUUUCAUGCAAGCCCUCCAAGAGUCAAACCCGGGCACCGUAGUUUUAUGGAAAUACAAAGCUAUUGCUGAAGGCAUUUACUACAGCAACAUGGAGGUGUUUGAACGAGUGUUUUGGGCCUUCAAGCCUUGCAUCGAUGGGUUUAAACAUUGCAUGCCUAUUCUCUCUAUCAGUGGGACACACUAG